CAAUGCCGUGCCCCUCCUCCCCGGCGUCCGGCACCGCACAGCGCACACCAUCCCGUCCAGCCCAGUCCUUGCUCGGCCGGCCCGUUCCCACUUGUUCCUAUUUGCUCCGCCCGUCGGGAUCCCGUCGGUGUCUUGCCGUCUCCUCUCGUCUGCCUGCCGUUCGGAUCCUAUCUAGCCGCCUCGCCGGAACCCAACGUCCGGCCCUCGCCUUAGAUUGGCCUUGACCUUGAAAUGGUCCAAGUGACAAGUCGGACAUUCAACCGCCACUUCACCCCCUCUUGAUACUUGCACGUCACUGGUCCAUGGCCUCACUCCAGCAGCCACUGAAAUCACCGACAUGUCGUGUCACUCCUCUCACCGGUUACAUGCCCAAUCUCGACUCCCC